AUGAAUUUCUGGAACAAAGAGCUACCCGAUGAACUGAAUCAAAUUGCGAACAUUCAACGGCAACCAUAUUUGCAUGCAACCGUCUACGAUAAAGCUAAUGGGGCUAUUGCAUCACAACGCCCACGUGACGGCACUGCCACCACAAUGCACCGCACAUAUCCGUUGCAGCGGCAUGGCAUUGGUGGUGGCAGUGAAGUAAUAACCGGGCACAUGAGUCAAUUUGGCACACGUGAUAAUGGUGCCGAGGAUCCGGUACGCACACUGAAACUACUGCUUCAAGAGCCUUGGAAGUUAGGUGGUAGC